AUGUUUGCCUGUCAACGAACUUUAUUCAACAUUACAAUCAGGAAACAAUUUCAUACAGCUUCUAUUAUUUGUGCUAAAAAUGAAGGAGGCUUAUUGGGUAAAUUGAAUCCUUGGGCAAAGAAAGAAGCACAACAAGAAGUAACCCCUGCACAAAAUACGAGUGAUGAUGUCCCAAAAAUGACAGUAGACGAUUCAACUAAAGUUACUUUUAAUGUUCAAUACGAAGAACCAGAAGACAUUAUUUCGUGGAAAAAAACGGACAUGAUGAAAGAUCCAACUGAGAUUGAAACAACUGUCAAAACUAUCAUUCUUCAACAUGUUCAAGGAGCCACUGAAGCUAAUUGGAACGAGUUAAGUAUCCAAGAUUUAAAUACUAAAUUUCAGAUUAUUAAGGAAAGCAUCAAGCAAACAGGAAAAGAGGUACCUAAUCACGAACUCAAUAAACUUAAGAGUACAAAAGAUGUUAUAGAAUUCUUCAAGACAGAACACAGCAAAGUAAAAGAUGUUCAAGACUAUUUGUUGGAACAAGAAUCACUACCACCUAAUAUAAAGUUUAUUCCCAAACAAUAA